AUGACGGGCUACAGUCGCCAGCAUGAAUCCAACGAUGGCCCCCCUGCCCAGUCGACGUAUUCCGACCUCAACGCCACCUACAGCCUGACCGCAGUUCCCCCGGAGAGCAAAGGCAACCCAAUGCUACGCAAUCCCAAUUUGAUGGCUGGGAGGAAGAAAAAGGCCGCCGUCCCUACACCGUCUCGUGGUGUUGCCAACCUCACGCCGGAGCAGCUGGCGAAGAAGCGAGCGAAUGACCGUGAGGCGCAGCGCGCAAUCAGGCAAAGGACAAAAGCCCAGAUUGAGACUCUGGAACAGCGGGUGCGCGAGCUAACCUCGCAACAACCAUACCAGGAUCUUCAGGCUGCGUUGGGCCAGAAACGCGCAGUCGAGAAGGAAAAUGAGGAGAUUCGGCGGAUUCUCUCAUCCGUGAUGGCGAUGAUCCAGCCGAUUGUAAAUGGUGUCCCUCCGCCGUCUUCAGAAAAUAUCACUUCUCGUUCUUGUGAUAACAUAGCGGCGCCCAAUGGCACUGGCUCCGAACGUCAUCCAUGGUCAGCCGAAUCGCACAUUGAACCACCCUCUCCCGUUUCUCAUUCUGAACUCCAGGCAUCCCGUCUUUCAACGAUAGCACACCAAGACUCUUCUCUUCGCACAGCAGCAGAGAGUCUGGAUUUGGGUACAGGGCCGGGUAUGUGCGCUGUCAAUUCCCCACGGAGCAUGGAGCCUCUUUCUCCUUCAACCACCGAAUCUCCAGGAUAUGCACUCCGCCCAAAUUGGCAUGCGAAUUCCGUUUCCACAGGUCAACCCGAACCCCGGUACCCACUCACCCAUGGCUUCAACUCCCAACGACAGGAACUUUCGCAUGGACUAGACUUCUCGGGAUCGGGAGAAAGACUAGGGUUCAAUUUCCUCGUGGAUUCCGCCCGACCCGUCCCAAAGAUCCCCCAGCCUCAGCGGAACCCAUCCUCUCCAGCCUUUAACGAUUCGACCCGUUUUCGCAAUCUUCACUCGUCUCAAAAUGAUCUCUUCGACCCAAACAUCGCCCCCUACACGGUCCCAGUUCGCAAUGUGGAUCCCACUUGUCCCGUGGACCUCAUUCUUUUGGACUUUCUUCACACUCGCCAACGCGAGGCGGCAGAGGGCGCAUCCAAACAAAUUCUUGUAGGACCGCCAUACCCCAGCGUUUCAUCUCUCCUCAACCCCGCAAAAAGCGCAUACUCUCACCCCCUCUCAAAAGUCUUCACAGACAUUCUCAGCAAAUUCCCAGGUAUCAGCAAUCUUCCCGAGCAAGUAGCCGUACUGUACGUGAUGUUCCUCCUCAUGCGUUGGCAGAUAUAUCCGACUCAACAGAACUACGACCGUCUCCCGGAAUGGCUCACCCCGCGCACUUCCCAAAUAAUGACACCACAUCCCGCUUGGAUAGAUUACCUUCCCUGGCCACGCAUGCGAGAUCGUAUGGUUGCUUCGUACCAAGAUUACGACUUUCAAAACUGGUUCAUCCCAUACACCACGACGCUGAGCAUAAAUUGGCCAUACGAGGCGACCGACACACUUCUCUCAACAUCAGAUUCCGAAGAGCUCAUUAUCAAUCCGGUCUUUGAGCGGCAUUUGCGGAACUUGAAUAACUGGUCCCUGGGUCCGGUCUUUGCCAGGGCAUAUCCGGGCCUCGUCGAUACGACGAGGAUCGUUCCUGAAUUGAGGGACUACGGGAAUCCUGCGGCUGGCAAAUCAGUUGAGUGA